AGCUGGAUAGUGUCCUGGAAAAAGGUGUGUGCAGGGGAAGGAGUUGCAGCUUAGGCUUCAGUGCCCGCCUCCCAGCCCGCACCCUACCUGAGGCUGUAGUUCACGGUUACUGCCUAGGGCUAAAUCCCCAAUCCCCAACACCACCAUGGACAGACCGGAAUCACGGUGCCCUCCACCGGGCUCCCUCAGGCUCGUCCUUACAUGCCUCCUGAUCCUGACAGCUGUUCUGACGUUACCCAUGCUCAGGACCUUUAGCCUCUGGCUCCACUCUUCCCUCACUGGGAGCUAUGUCUCUGGCUCUUAUUCCAUCGUUUUUGUCAACUGUCCCAAUGAGCAAAUUGCCAGAGACAUUGCCAGGGCCAUCCUGGAUAAGAAGAUGGCUUCGUCUGUGAACAUCUUGCCGAAGACCUCAUCCCUGUAUUUUUGGAAAGGAGAAAUAGAAGAAGGCAUUGAGGUCUCACUGCUAAUAAAGACAAAGACUUCCAAGGUCUCCCAGCUGUUUGCCUAUAUGAGGUUGGCGCAUCCUUUUGAAAUCCCAGAGGUCUUCAGUAUUCCCAUGGACCAAGGAGAUGCUCGCUUUUUACGAUGGCUUGAGGAGGGAAUGAAGGAGAACUAAGGGGAGAGAACCUUAUUGUGCAGGCUUCUGCCUCUAGCCUUUGUUGACUGUGUUCUGGGAAAAAGCAGGCCUCUUUCUGCCUCCCAUUGAAUGUUCCUAACAGCAGACAGGUUCUAGCUGACCUGUGCAUGCUGAAUGAAGGGCUGAGAAUUUCAAGGCUGGAAGUGAAAGCCAAUCAGGCCUCCAAGAACCAAGUGGAACCGGUUUCUGAGUGCCGUGUGUUUGCAGGUGGCCUGAGGGUACGUGGGUAAGGAUGAGGAACUGAGGGGAGGCAGCAGUGACAGUGAGGUUUCUCGUCUUCAGGCUCUGGCUGACCAUAAAGUACCUAGGGUAUGAUUGUUCCUCUAUUUCUUGUGGGAAUAGGUGACCUUGAUCAUCUAGGGGUAUGUGGGAGAGCUAUUUUCUAAAACAAUUGAUAUGGGCUCUAUUCAAAACAAUGAACAGUCCUGGUAAGAUUAGAGGUCAACAGAAUUGAUUCUUCCUUUUGAAUCUUGCAGAGGUGAAGCUAGGAAAGGGGGUGCUUGAGCCUACACAGACUAGGGGGAUAUUAGGGCUUCAACACAGACUCGUGGGUUGGGACUAAAUCUUGAUUUUUUUUUUUUUUUACUGGAUUUAAUAUACUAGACACAAAUAUCCUGGAGAUGUAGGUUCUGAGCCCUGGGGACCUGCUGGGACAGUGUAUUUUUUUUGGAUUUGCUAGACAGAGCUUCUGAGGUUGACAGAGGAACCCCUGAACUUCUCAAGGAAUGUGACCAUCAUCUACGUUCCAAGUGAAACUGUCAGAAGUUUGUAAAUCACUGUUGUGAUUCUCUCCAUUUUAUGCAUUAUCACAAAGCAGUGCAUUUCAUGGAAUUUCAGAAGGGGGGGCCAUAUUGAAUCACAGCCUAUCCAAGGUUUUUCAUACCAUGCUGAGGUGUGAGCUACACCGGUAUCUUCUACGCUGGUCCCAGGCAUCUCUGAAGAGAAGAGGGAAGGAUGAAGGAUGCUGAGCCCAAAGCUCUGAAAAUGCAGAGGUGAAACAAACCCCAUUCCCGAAUCUCACAAGCUAACUCCACAGUGGGCAGCCCACGGGUGGUUAGAGUUGGGGUACAGACGGCUAUAGUGUCCUGGUCUCUUCAGUGGCAGUGGGAGGGGUGGGUUCACAUAAGACAAAUAGAACCACAUUCUAGUUCUAAUUGCUGUGUGUCUCCCACCUUGAUGUCCCCAAAUACCAGAUGGUCCAAGGGCAUACCUCUGAAAACCUGGUCAGCACUGUAGCUGAGGCCCUUCCAAAGGACUAGAGAAUUCCACUGGUGGUUUAGGGGGCUGAGGAGUGGAGAUUUCUGGUCUUAAAAUACCAGUUUCUGAAGUAUACCCAAGUCUUGAAAACCCUACUUAAAAUGACCCCAGAUGGACCAGGUUGCUUUUUGGAGAAAGUCCAGUUUGUAGGUCUUCCUUUCAGAACGCUGUCCUUUCCAUCCCCACCUCAAGUGUCCCCUGUGUGGCAGAUGGGUGACCCUACCCUGUACUGUCCCUGUGCUCAUGAAGUCCCCUCUACCUUUGAAAAGCCUCUCUCCUGGGCCGGAGGUCAGAGGCCUGUCUGAAUCUUGUUGAUCUCUUGCCCAAGGCUUAAGAAUUACUUCCCAAGUUGACAUUUCAGUUUCAAGGAUUUAAAUAAACAAAGCUUUCUCUACA